CAUGUACAGUCACGGCAUUACGGUAAAAGUAUGUCAAUCCACCAACCCUUGGUGCCGCUGACAUUUUGAUACUGUCCUUCCCUGCCAGUGCCAGUUCUGACCUCGCUCUCCACGUGAUCGCUGACAAUGUUUGUGGGCGUCUGGGGUUCCAGACCCCGAUGUAGAGGCAGGCGUUGAUCACCGUGUGAUAAUUGACUGGUUUUCAUUUGAGAGAAACAUUGAAUCAAUCUCUAAAUGAGCGAUAGUUGUCCACCUUGAAUGCAUUGCACCAUGGAGCUGACUGGAUUGAUACUGACGGCUAUUUGCCUGGGUAUGAGCAGUGUGGUCGUGGGGAAUGAAGUGAGCAAACACCAAGAUCGUCUCGCUGGUCGCCCUUCUUCGGUGAGCGACGCUUCUCUGCCUUGUCUCAAGGACUUAGCGAAAAAGUUCGGCAUCUGGAUCGGAUCAGCAUCUAAUGCUAAGCACAUCCACGAUGAUAAAGAAUACGACCAGGUGCUGGCUGAGCAGUUCUCCAUCACAACACCGGAGAAUGCGUGUAAGUGGACAAUAAUCCGCCCCAACGAAGCAACGUUCAACUUUACCAACUGUGACUAUGUGGUCGCAACUGCCCAGGGCAAUAACCAGACGAUUCGUGGACAUAACCUGUGUUGGGGUGCCCACAACCCAGCUUGGUUGGACAAGUUUGACAAUAACUCCACGGCACUGCGUAGUCUAUUGAUCACGCACAUCAGCACGGUGGGCAAACGCUACGCAGGCCGCAUGUACUCCUGGGACGUAGUCAACGGGGCCGUGCUGGACUCGCCGAAGAAUGGAACGUAUCUGAAGACCAACACGUGGUACCCAGCAGUUCCAGACUACAUUGACUUAGCAUUCAAGACAACUCAUGAAGCAGAUAGCUCCGUCAAACUCUUUUACAAUGACUACAACUGUGAGGUCAUCAAUGCCAAGUCUGAUGCAAUCUACAAGAUGUUGAAGACCAUGAUGGCCAACAGCGUCCCUCUGCAUGGCUUUGGCAUACAAGCUCAUUUCUCCAUCAGUCAUGCUGACGCACGUCAUGCAAAGAAAAGACUCAGUGGAGGUCACAAGUUUGCAUCCAGUGUGCCCACUGACUGGUCGACGGUAGAAGACAACAUCAAACGUUUUGUCGACCUGGGCUUGGAGGUUCACAUCACAGAAAUGGAUGUCAGUAUUCCAUCCAACUCACAGCAGUAUCUGGAUCAGCAGGCCGAUGUGUACAGGAAUAUGCUCAAAGCCUGCUUGAAGUACGCACCAAAGUGCAAGUCUUUUGAAACCUGGGGAUUCGUUGACAAAUACAGCUGGAAGAAAAACGACCCGGAUUACUUCGAUGCUAGCUUUAAGCCAAAGCCAUGCUUCUACGCCGUGGUUGAUACGCUCAACACAACGCACGUUCUAUGAUGUCUCUAUGUGCUGAAGUGACAGUGGUGACGACCGUUUACUGUCAGCAUGCAUACUAGAACCAGUUGAAUGAUAUUUUUAUGAGUGGAGAAGUAGCGUAAGUUAGCAUGAUAUUACACAACCAAAUGAUUCUCAUGAUUCAGGAUAUAACGUGCGAUUUUAGAAAGGCUUAUUUGGAUGUACCGGUAUCACGGUGUACGGUGCCUGCGGUAGCUAGUACUGGUAGUAGCUACAUGUCACUUGUAAGGGCAUGUAACUAUGCUUAGCCUGCUGAUCACUUUGCCGAUAUGCUGUAUAAUCUAUUGUUUCUAACCUCCUGUGCUCUAUUUGGCUCCACCAGCCUACUAGCCCACUUCACGAGUUGAAGCUGGUGAUGCAUGUAAAAAAUGAUGUAAUGUUCUUUGAAGUACAAGUAGUCGAGUUUGUGUACGCUCAUGAUAAUUUAAUUUAUUUGCCGUGUCAUAAUUCUAGCAGAUAUCUGUGAGGGCC